GAUCUCUCUCUCUCUCUCUCUCUCUCUCUCUCUCUCUCUCUCUCCCUGCACCCCAGGAAUCUGAUCUUGCAAAGCCCCCCCCCUCCUUUUUUAUAUAUUCCCUUCCCCCGCCCCCCAUCCCGGCUGGCAAAGGUGGAGCGACCCCUUCCUUGACUCCCUCCUGCACCGAUCCCUUGGGGAAGCCAACCAGACAUCCUUGCAAAGAUCAGACGGAGGGACGGCAAAUGCGGGGGCCCCCCUACCCAAUAAGGAGCCAAAGGCAUCUUUCUCUCUCUUUCCCCCUCCCCAGCAAAAUUUUUCAAAGGCAAUCCGUCGGCCAGAAGAAUCUGGGGAAUCGAUGCAACCCAUCUCAUCUUGGUUCCACCACCAUGGCUGCUGCCCCUCAGCUCAACUCGGACGCCCUCCGCGAAGUUUUGGAGUGCCCCAUCUGCAUGGAGUGCUUCACCGAAGAGCAUCUGCGACCCAAACUGCUCCAUUGCGGCCACACGAUCUGCAAACAGUGCUCGGAGAAGCUCCUGGCCAGCAGCAUCAACGGCAUCCGUUGUCCCUUCUGUAGCAAAGUCACCAGGAUCGCCAGCCUGGCUCAGCUGACCGACAAUCUGACCGUCUUGAAGAUCAUCGACACAGCGGGGCUGAGCGAGACCGUCGGCGUUCUCAUGUGCAAAGCGUGCGGGCGGAGGCUGCCCAAGCACUUCUGCCGGACCUGCAGCCUGGUGUUGUGCGAGCCUUGCAAAGAGUCGGAAUGCCUCCACCAACAUCACAACGUGGUGGCCAUCAAAGAAGCCGCCGACGAGAAGAGGAGGGACUUUGGGGCCAGGCUGGGUCGCCUCCGAGAGCUGAUGGGGGACCUUCAGAAGAGGAAGGUGUCUCUCGAAGGGGUUUCGAAGGACCUCCAAGGCCGGUACAAAGCCGUCCUUCAAGAGUACAGCAAAGAAGAGCGUAAGGUCCAAGAAGAGUUGGCCAGGUCGCGGAAGUUCUUCACCGGCUCCCUCUCCGAGGUGGAGAAGGUGAACAGCCAGAUCAUGGAGGAACAAGCUUACCUCCUCAACAUCGCCGAAGUCCAGAUCGUCUCGCGCUGCGAUUACUUCCUCGCCAAAAUCAAACAGGGAGAUAUCGCCCUUCUGGAAGAGGAAGGCGAAGAGGAGGAACCGGAGUUGAUGAACAGCCUUCCCAAAGAGCUGACUUUGCAAGAGGUGGAACUCCUCAAGGUUGGUCAUAUCGGACCCCUCCAGAUAGGACAAGUGGUCAAAAAACCCCGGAGCAUCAACGUCGAAGAGACCUUGAUGGAGACCACGGCAGAAGCAUCGGGGUCCUUCAGAGAGGCGGAUCUCCCUGCAGUAGAGGUCAACCCAUUGUCCCAUUGCUCUUCGCCUGCGAAACCAAGGAUGUCCGAGGCCACCUCCAGCAUCCAACAGUGCCACUUCCUCAAGAAAAUGGGCUCAAAGGGUAACACGCCGGGCACGUUCAACCUGCCAGUCAGCCUUCAUGUCACCCCGCAGGGAGAGGUCCUUGUGGCGGACCGGGGAAACUUCCGGAUCCAGGUCUUCACCCGGAAGGGUUUUUUGAAGGAAAUUCGUCGGAGCCCCAGCGGGAUCGACAGUUUUGUGCUCAGCUUCUUGGGGGCCGACCUGCCCAACCUAACUCCCUUGUCGGUCACCAUGAACUGCCACGGGCUGAUCGGAGUGACCGACAGCUACGACAACUCGAUGAAAGUGUACACCAUGGACGGGCACUGCGUGGCGUGUCACCGAAGCCAGCUCAGCAAGCCGUGGGGCAUCACCGCUUUGCCGUCGGGGCAGUUUGUGGUCACCGACGUCGAAGGAGGCAAGCUGUGGUGCUUCACCGUGGACCGGGGAGUCGGGGUGGUGAAAUACACCUGCCUGUGCAGCGCCGUGCGUCCUAAAUUUGUCACUUGCGACGCCGAAGGGAUCAUCUACUUCACUCAGGGGCUGGGCUUGAACCUGGAGAACCGUCAACACGAACAUCACCUGGAAGGCGGGUUUUCCAUCGGCUCCGUCGGUCCGGAUGGACAGCUGGGCCGACAAAUCAGCCACUUCUUUUCCGAGAACGAAGAUUUCCGCUGUAUCGCUGGCAUGUGCGUGGACUCGCGGGGGGACCUGAUUGUGGCCGACAGCAGCCGCAAAGAAAUCUUACAUUUCCCCAAAGGCGGCGGCUACAAUAUCCUUAUCCGAGAAGGCCUGACCUGCCCCGUCGGCAUAGCUGUCACCCCCAAAGGUCAGUUGUUAGUCCUGGACUGUUGGGAUCAUUGCAUUAAGAUUUAUAGCUACCACUUGCGAAGGUAUUCCACACCUUAAGAUGGGAAAACACACACUCAUACACACACACACAUAUCUCUUUGUCCUUCAACCCCUCUCCCAUAUCAACUCUUCCAAGGUCUGCUGACCGACAAUAGUGCCAACAGAUUGUGCCAUAAAUGUAGAAACCGGGGUGACAGUUGCUCCGAUAUUUAGCGUGUGCAUUCUAGAACAAAGCACGUUUCUGUUUGCAAGCGUAGAGUGUGUUGUUUGUUUUGUUUUUUCCUUUUUAACACACAACACACACACAAAAUCCUAGCAUUAAUGACUUUUGGCUAAGGGGAAGCCAGGCCGGCAAGGCGAUUAUUUGUCCAAAUGCAGCCUUGGACUUAACGUUUUAGCUGCAAGGCGAUCGGUACAAUUGUUGGCGGUGAAAUCAAUCGGCUGACGGGGGAAAAAAACGGACGUAGAAAAUGAGCCAACGUCAGGCCUUCCGCACACCCAGCUUACGAAGACGCUGGAUGGAUUCGGAAGGUUAUUCUCCAUCCUUUCCAUCUCACUUUUUUUUUUGUGGAAACCCCCCGCUAUUUAGAAAGUGAUCAACCUUUUGUCCUUUUGCGUCCCCCAAAAUCCUUGUUUCGGGUUCUUCUCCGUUCAUGUGUGCAAAUGCUAAAUGCCUGUGUUUGUUUUUUUUUUAAAAAAAUCUCAGUAACCUUGGCCAGCUCUCUCACUCCCUACUCUUGGCACCUUUUACUGAAAAGGACAAUUGCAACUCCUUACAAGCCAACCCCACCGGAUCUCGUCGGAAACAUUUUGGCGCAGCUGCAACUUCCCACUAACACUCCGCCUCAAAAGAAACUUCUAGCUGUUGUUUUUAAACGCCUCCAAAGUUUUUUUUUUUAUUAUUAUUAUUAUGUCCUCCCGUCUUGAGGCCUCUUGUCUGGUGUGAAGUAGGUCUUGUCUGGUUUGAUGAAAAGAAAAAAAACAAAACAAAAGAAACUGGAAACUUUUAAAGAGUCUGUAACAAAUAA